AUGAAUAUUUUUUUUGUCUAUUUUGUUUUAUUGUUUGUAACUAAUAUUGUUUUUGUAUAUUCAUUAAAAGAAAAUUUGCGUGUAUCUAAAUGUAGUACCUCAGGAAAAAAAAAUGAAUUAAAUUUUGAAAAUAAAAAUAAUGGGAUCUCUACAAUAAUACUAAAGGGAGGUUACAUCAAUAGGCAAUUUAUUGGUGAAAUAAGUAUAGGAAAUCCUCCUCAGAUAUUUAAAGUUUUGUUUGAUACUGGUAGCACAAAUUUAUGGAUCCCAUCAAAGAAUUGUUAUGCAAAGGCUUGUAAUAAUAAAAGAAAAUAUGAUCAAAAAAUUUCAAAAAAUUAUAAAUUAGUUAAAAAAAGAAAUCCUGUAGAAAUUUUUUUUGGAACUGGAAAAAUUCAAAUGAUAUACGUAUCUGACGAUAUCCAUUUAGGAGAUAUUAAAGUAAAUAACCAAGAAUUUGGAGUAGCUAGUUAUAUGUCUGAUGACCCUUUUUCUGAUAUGUUAUUUGAUGGAUUAUUUGGAUUAGGAAUUUCAGAAGAUAAUACAAAAAAACAAUUAAUAUAUGAUAAUAUACCAAAGAUUAGUUCAAAAAGAAACAUUUUUUCAAUUUAUUAUCCCAAAAAUUUCAAUGACGAUGGUGCAAUAACAUUUGGGGGCUAUGAUAAAAAGUUUAUAGAACCAAAUUCAGAAAUAGAUUGGUUUGACGUUUCAUCUAAAAAGUAUUGGGCAGUAAAAAUGAUAGGAUUAAAAAUUAACGAUGUGUUUUUAGAUGUAUGCUCAAAAAAUAAUGACGGAUAUUGUGAAGCGGUCAUUGACACUGGAACAUCAAGUAUAGCUGGUCCAAAGGAUGAUUUAAUGUUAUUAACUAAUUUAUUAAAUCCUGGAAAGUCGUGUUAUAAUAAAAUGUUCUUAAAAAAUUUUUCUUUCAUCUUAAGUGAUGAAAAUGGCACUCAUAAAGAAUAUGAAUUAACACCCAAAGAUUAUAUUGUAAAUUCAUUUAGACUUGACCCUAUUUUAAAAGUACCUUGCAAUUUUGCUUUUAUGCCAAUUAACAUUUCUUCUACUACUGGAUAUUUAUACAUUCUAGGACAAAUAUUUUUACAAAAAUAUUACGCAAUAUUUGUAAAAGAUAACAUGAAAAUUGGUUUAGCGAAAUCUAUAUAA